CGGCGCUAUCCUACAGUUGAGCUGGUGCACGGAACAGCGGUCGAACCCCAGUCGAACCUCGGUCGAACCCCAGUGAAGCAGGGAUGUCUUCCAGAGCCCACGGCAGCCCUCCUCCCUACGACUCGGACAACGGAUACAAUGGUACCCCAAAACCAGCCUACUCCUACUACCCAGACGACGAAUUCCAGCACUUCUACCGCUGGACCUCUCCACCGGGCAUCCUCAAGAUCAUGGCCGUCAUUGUCAUUGUUCUGUGCCUGGCCAUGUUCGCGUGUGUGGCCUCCACGCUGGCGUGGGACACCCAGGGAGGCCUGACUGGCUUCGGGGGCACCGGGUACGGCGGGACCUACGGAGGAGGCUUCGGCGGAGGCUACGGCACGUUUGGCGGCGGAGCCUAUGGAGCCGGCAACAACUACGGCUACGGCGGACUCGGGGGCAAUUACAACGAUCCCCGGAAGGGCAAAGGAUUCAUCAUCACCAUGGCGGCCAUCACCUUCAUCUUCGCCCUCGUCGUCUUCAUCAUCGUCGUCUCGCGCCAGGGCUCGUCGGAGUCCAGGAGGUUCUACCUGGCGGUACUGAUUGUGUGCGCCAUCCUGGCGCUGCUGAUGCUCAUCGCGUCCAUCGUGUACUUGAUGGCGGUGAACCCCACGGCCCAGUCGUCCGGCUCGGUGUACGCCAGCCAGAUCGCCGGCCUGUGCGCCCAGUACCAGCAGCCGCAGCCUCCGGGGGUGCUCGUCAACCAGUACCUCUACCACUACUGCGUCGUGGAGCCGCAGGAGGCGGUUGCGGUGGUGUGCGGCUUCCUGGUGACGGCGGCGCUCGUCGUCAUGCUGGUGUUCGCCCUGAAGACGCGGCAGAAGAUACGCAACUACGGCAAGAGCAACAUCCUGUGGAAGAGGGUGAAGGUCAUCGAUGAAGACGUCCCCCCGCAGGACGUGGAGGCCUGGGUGAACAAUGUGUCGUCUGCCCCUGAGGUACUCCCAAUGUCUGACUACCCGGAGAAGCUAGCAGGAUCCGAGAGCCACCUGGAUCACAGCAGCUCCAACUACGAUAAACCACCCUACAGAUACAGCCCAGCGCUUCCAGUGGAGCAAGAGUUGCCAGUGCGAGAUAGUUUGCCCUACAGUGGUAACUCAGAGGUGGCCAGCUCAGGGGGGAGAGCCAAAAACAGGCGGCCUGGUAGAACCCGUCAAGCUGAUGGACAGGACUACGACACCGACUACGCCUCCUCUGGAGAUGAGCUCGAUGACAAUGACUUUGACAGUGAAUUUCCUCCCAUAGCGAAUGAGCAGCAGCGUACCGAGUACAGGCGUGAGUUUGACCAGGACCAUCAGGAGUACAAGGAGCUGCAGGCUGAGCUGGACGCCAUCAAUAAGAACCUGUCGAAGGUCCACAGGGAGCUGGAUGAGUUGCAGGAGGGCAGUCCACAGUAUCUGGAUGCCCUGGAUGACUACAACCGGCUGAAGGACACCAAGAAGUCUGCAGAUUAUCAACUGAGGAAGCGCCGGUGUAAGUACCUGAAGUCCAAAUUGUCCCACAUCAAGAAGAUGGUCAGUAAUUACGACCACAGGGCCUGAGCGACUGACUCCGUGAAGGAUGUGGGCUUCUUCCAACAAGGGACCAUAUAAGGAUGAUCGCUGUCAGGAGCAGGU